CGGGCGAUCGCACCAGCCGUCUCGCAGGACUGAGGGUGGGAUCACUAAGAAUAGUGACAAUUUCGGUGCACGGAACGUGGUAACCCCGCUUCAACUCACAGGGUGGAUUGAUGAUCAGGAAGGCAAACCGUCGAACUAAGUGGAUGAGACGAGAACAGACUAGGACCACGGAAACGGAUGUUUGUCGACCUCUGCGGAGCUCUCGGAAGCUAUACGAAGUCCCUGGUUGCUAGGCGUUACUCCAUAGGUUGCAAAUCAUGCGCCAGCUCUGUAGUUAAGCUAACACUAAGGUCGGGAACCUGCCGUGAUGCUUUUUGUACGUCUGAGUUGGUUUUUAAAAGUAGUGAUACGGGAGUGGCUUCGGAAUCUUGGGUUUCUAGGAGAGAUACGAACGCUGAUCGGAUAAUUGAGGCGCUCGAUAAACAUACAGGGGAAGACUGUCACGAUGUCAUCGCACGUCCUGGAGGCGUUUCGGGUUUCCACCCGACAAGGGUCAUGAAGAGUUGUAGAGAGCAAGGACAAUUUACCGUGGAACCAAGGGGAGAGCAGGGGGGCUGGAAGCCUCGACCCUGUAGGGCCAGUAUUUACAUCGUAUCGCUUCGUCGGGAGGGGACGUGCUUUCCUGCCCAUCCUGGCCAACAUUCCGCUGACUCAUUGGAUGCGGCUGACAUUGGGUUUCCAGCCAAUGGAAAUAGCUCCAGCUGGUCUGACUGGGAACAUAGUUGUGGUAACAAUACUAGUCGUGACGAGGAUCUGGCUGAGAGACGGACUGAUCAAAUCUGGUAA